AUCGUUCUCUCUCCCACACUACGACAACAACACCACAUCGUCAACUACUCCGCCACAACCCAGUAUCUUGGCGCUCCACCACGCACGUAACACAGUCAAACCGGCCCCCUCCCCGAGCCAAGACCGCACUUCGCCACCUCUUGUCCUUGGCCCUUAGCUCCAGUCUUGGCGCCACGCAAUCCCCAACUCCCAUAAAACCCACCCAACCUCGCGUCUCUUCACACCCCCACCCCCCACCCACUUGUCACUCUAUCACAACCACUACAAUGGCCUCUACUUCCCCUCGCCCCCACCACCCCGCCCCGGCCUAUGUCGCCGCCUCGUCCCGCGCCCACCCCUACGCCGGCCACCAGCAGCAGCACCACCGCCGCAGGCCAUCCCCCUCGGGCCAGCAGGACGACCGCGAGCGCCGCCUCCCCCCCUCGCCUCCCCGCUCGCGUCGCGACGCCAGCUACUCGCCCCCCAUGUCUGCCAAGCAGGCUCCCUCGCCUCCUGCGGCCGACCCCACCGACAACUUCUGGGACGAUGUCCCCGCUCCCCCCUCGUCGCUCAAGUCGAUCCUCGACUCGUUCCGCCGCUCCGGUGAGGGCGACCGCGACCUCCUCAUGGCCAUCCUCGGCGCCAAGAAGUCGGAGGAGGAGCGCCUGACGUCGGUCAUCCAGACCCGUCUCACCAUCCUCCAGGCCCGUCUCAACCUCGCCGCCAUCCAGGCCCAGAUGCAGGCCAUGCCCCCCAUGCCCGACCCGUCCCAGUUCCAGGGCUACCCUCCCGAGCGCACCCCCUCGCUCUCGCGCGGCUCGGUCUCGUCGGACAACUCGUCGCCCCGCCCCUCGGUCUCGCUCCCCUCCCACGGCUACGCCGGCUACCCCGCCGGCUACGCCUCGGAGCGCAUCCACCUCCCUCCCCCUGCUGCCAUGUACGAGCGCGACCACCCCCGGGAGCGUGGUGACCGCCUCCCUCCCCUUCGCGAGGACGACCGCCGCUCGGCCCCUUCCCCUCGCGACCGUCGUCCUCCCUCCCCCGGAGACGACCGCCGCCCCCCGGGUGGUCUCGAGAUGCUCCUCGAGGGUGUCCGCGAGGCUGAGCGCAAGGAGCUUGCCUAAGUGCUUUGCAUUAGGUUCAUAGAUGAGAGGGUCAUGGCUGGUGCCACUGCUGUUGUAUCGUAGUAGCUCAAUGGGUUUCCCGCACGUCGUGCGACGUUGUAUUCCUAUGCAUGUUUGAAACGAUCA